AUGGUCGGAGAACUGGCCGCUUUUGGUUACGAUUCGCAGUACGAUGAAGCGGAAAGUGUUUUCCUGGAUGGCAUCUCUCAGGCAACUUUCAACACUUCGUUAAUGUUAGCACUUCAGAACGAUGCAGGCCAUGAAAAUGCACAUUUGAAAAUUUAUUUUCUCACUCGAAGCGCAAUAAAGCAUUUAAAAACGGAGCAAUUAGCGCAAGAAAAGCGCGGCGAAAAAAGCAGUCUUCUUUUCCGGCCAGCAAUCACAGAUUGUUUUGUUGCGGUGAAAGUUUCACCCACAGCAGACAAAAGAUCCUCAUACAUGAAGUGCCUUAAUUAUUCUGACGAGCAUCUCUAUACCGAGUUGAAACGUGCAUAUGCGGAUGUGGAAUGCUCGAAAGCGAUACAGGAAAGACGUAAAACUUUAAAGUGUCUAUUGGGAUUGUUGUACGAGGACGGCAAACGUCAUCACUCCACUGAAAGUGAUUUCAUGACGGACACGUCACACAUGUCGGAUGGCUCGCAACGAAUAGCCAGAAAGCAUCAGGAGGAUGAGCUCUGGAAAAUGGACUGCCCAACUUUAAGAAACGAGUUGGCUAAGAUGGAUGAGGAAGUGGAUUAUGCCAAUUCUAAGCUGAUCCGCGCUUCCAAAAAACGCGCUCAUGAGAUGGCCAGACAGCAAAAGAAGUGUGACAUAAUCACAGCGGUACUACAAGCAGUUUCUGAGAAAAGAGGUAUUUUCACUGUACGGCAUUCGUUAAAAAUUCUAUUUUUUUAUGCAGUGUGUUUGGAACAGAUAGCGAUCUCGAAAGUUAGGUCCCGUCCGCAUAAUUUAAUCACCAAAGUGUGGAUUCGUGAAAGCUGCAAAUGCUGGUGUUUUAAAGAAAAAAUUCAUUUGGAGCCUUUGAUGGAGACGCAGGUCCACUGUGAAAUCAGUUUUCUAUAUCCUAGCAUUCAUACGAAAUUUAUAACUCCACAAAAUCAAGCUAUUUUCUGGAUAACAGCGCGAGCAGGAAGCUGUGGCACCGGAGUUUCAGUGACUGGCAGAUAUGCUAGAAUGCAUAUAUGGAAUUUCCGAUCCCUGUUUAACCUGUUGGCAGUAACUGAUCAGAAAAUGGAGAUGGGGCCCCUUUACGUGCUUUUACUUGACACUUACUCGAAACGGCUACUAGUUCACCACUGGUUGGUGUAUCUGACAACCAUACCAUUUUUUAUGCAUUUUUUGCAGCUAUGCAAUGCAGAAAACGCAUAUUGA